AUGUUGAACUCAAUCAAGGGUAAAUUUCGGAAGAAAGGUUCUUCUACUUCUACCAAGUCGAUGAUUCCUUCUUCACCGCCGCAGUCAUCAUCUCAAGUCACAUACGAUCAACCAUUACAAUCCCCUCUAUAUGACGAUUUUGAUACAGACCUCGGACGCUCUGAAGAACAUCAAAAUCCGUAUAGUCACGGAACACCUUUCCGUCAAUCUGGUAUACUCGAUCUGAACCCUGUUGAACAGGAAGUGAUUUAUGAGGAACCUGAAGAAUUUGAGUACGAUCCUACUUUACCUGACCAAGCAGGUCAAUUCACUUCAGAGAAUUUUGACGUAGGAACGGAUGGAAUCGAGUUCGAGGAACAGACAUCUAUCAAUAAGUAUGAGGGAGAAUCAGAUUCUGAAACAAGUUCCGAAGAUGUAGAUUUAUCAGAAGAGGAGGAGGAGGAGGAGGAGGAGGAAAAACAGGCAAUACCCGAAGAGAUGUACAACACGAUACAUAAUGCCUACCCUUACACAUCCACAGAGGCAGGGCUCUUGGAAUUCGGACCCGUCAAUCGAUGGAAAUAUAAUCGUAACAUUCGUAAGCGAGUCAAGGGGGCUAAUUCAUCUUGGCUUGACAAAUAUUCCACUGGUUUACAAGAGGAGGGAGGGACAAGAGGAUCUAGUGGUAAACACACAAGGUUUGGUGAGCCUUUGAUUUUGUACCGGGGUGUGGAUAAAGAAAGAGAUGAGGAGGACGAGGAAUAA